AUGAUAGCCUCUGGCCUUCAACACGAACAUUGCGAGCCCACUUAUCGACCAACAUCCUCUAGAUCUCGGCCUAGGCAGUCGUCUUCUGCUUCCCAAAUUCGUUCGCCGGCCUCGCCACAGCCAAGGAACGCGACUCCCUCGAAAAGAUCGUGGGAAACAGCAGAUACGGAAGCAAAGCCAGACGCCGUCAGUAGCGAAGGCGCAUCGCGCUUUCCCACUCCUCCCGAGUCCUCAUCGCCCUCCUCCGCUCAUCCCCGACCCGAGGAUGAGCGGAUAGCUCAAUCCAAGACGAUGGCUUCUCAAACACAAACCACCAUGACCACAGUCCCAACGCCAGCGGCCCAACAACAACAGCCCACACCCGAUGCGGACCCUGCUUCCUCCGCCGCGCCAACACCGGCGCUGCCAUAUAACGCCUCGUCCCCGCAACAAGGCCACACUAUUCGCGUACGCGACCUGGCACAUAUACAGAGUCUGGCUCGAGCCGACAUGAUGAAUGGUGGAAACGGGCCUGGAAUAUUGAACGAUCCGCCACUGCAAGCCAUGAAGUACGAAAUCAGCGGCAUGCCUAUUGGCGACGUUAUCGAAAUGGUUGCCGCCCUUCUAACCAAGAUCACUACGACCAAUGAUUUGCAGCACGAUGCUUUGCACAGGAAUGCCACCCACCAGCAGACCGCUGCCAACCACAACAAUGAUGGCGCUACCAUGAGCCCACUAAGCAGCUCUGUAUUAGCUUUCCACGGUAAAAAUGUGCCGGCCAUAACGAUUCUCAGUUACCUAAGCCGCAUUCACAAGUACUGCCCUACUACGUACGAGGUUUUCCUCAGUUUGCUUGUAUAUUUCGAUCGCAUGACGGAAAGAGUCAACAACAUGGUCAUGCAAGCUGAAGAAGCCAGGCAAAAAGGGCAACCACAGCGACCAUUGCAUUCCACAUUAGCUCCUCGGUCGAGCGAGCAUACAGAUACCGAAAUGAAGGAUGACGGAAGCGACGAAAGCGAUGAGACUGACUCCGACCUGGCGGAUGACGAUGACAAACCGGCACCAAAGGAUACGCCGGCAGCAAGUACCGCGCCUCCUGCACCAGCGACCUAUUUUGUCGUGGACAGUUUCAACAUUCACAGAUUGAUCAUUGCUGGCGUAACGUGUGCAAGUAAAUUCUUCUCGGAUGUCUUUUACACAAAUUCGAGAUAUGCCAAGGUUGGCGGUCUACCCCUGGCGGAAUUGAAUCACCUGGAGCUUCAAUUCCUCGUGCUCAAUGAUUUUCGCCUUGCUGUUCCGGUGGAAGAUCUGGAGGCAUAUGCGACUAUGCUUGUUGAAUUCUACGCCCGCGAAGUUGUUGCACAACGUACUCGUCCCGACCCAACUGCAGAGUAG